GUGUCCGCCGCGCGGCAGAAUAAUCGUCGGUGUGACAGAGCGAGAGGGACUACACCGUCUCUGGGCGACGACGUCGACGAUCUAUCGAUGGGGAACAGGUGCGACCCACGUUUUCGAACGCGACACCGAGUAGCAGCCCGCUGAGACGGCCCCGAAGAUCGUGCGCGGUCAGGGUGAAAACGAUGUGCCGGCGAACCAGGAGGCUGGGUAUGACUGAGGAAACUGCCACCGAAUAGAGAAGACAGUUGUGUGUGUGUGGGUGUCAUUGUCGCCACGAGAUUUCGGCCACGUGAUACACACCAGGGACAAAAAGUUUUAUUCUCGUGGGACAACCGUUUGACUUUAAGAAAGUAACACCUUGUGCUGUGACAGUGAUCGUUUCUUAUUGUUCGUCUGUAUUUUGAUAUUUCGGUCACGUGUCAACACUAAGUGUUUUGUUGGUUUCGCCCGUUCGGAGCUCAGCUGAUCGCGAGCGAAGCCAGAGGAGAAUCGCUUGGAGAGGAUCGCGUGCAGGGACAAUUAUCGACGCGAGGUGAUCCAGCGUCCGUGGACGUACCGGAAGAGGGCAACGUGGACGCUGGACCAGCCAGGGAAAGGGAAUAGUCGCGAUAAAUAAACAAACGCCGGUGGGAGCCUGUGUGCGCGGCACGAAUUCGAAUGACGUUUCCGAUGCGUCGAGCCUCGAGAGGAAGGUGACGAGCAGGUUUCAGACGAGAAUCUUCAAGAUACCUCGAACGAAUCCCGCAAGAAACGCCGCGUCCAAUAAGAAUUGAAAAUGGUGACGAUAAGCCAGCGGCGACGAAGGCAUCCUCGAUGGAGGAUGCUUUUCACCGUCGUCAUAUUCGCUGGUCUGGUCAGGCAUUGCGAGUUAACGUCCGCGAAAAGGUUAACCGACAUCGGUUCAUUCUCCUCGUCGUCAACGUUAUCGCGAGGCUCCGCCGAAACGAGGUCCCAGGACGUGGGUUCGCCGAACGAUCUCGCCUGGCAGGCCUGGCUCCUUGUGGAUUCUCAAUCGGGAUCGCAUUCUGGCUUGGAUUCGGCGAGUUUUCUCCGACGAAUAACACCGAAAAGCGUCUUCAUUGCCCCUGCGUUGCCAGCUUUGCCGCCCUGUGCGGAUGGCUAUCGGGCGGACACAAUGGGCAGAUGCGUGAAAAACGUGAAUAUUGAUCAGGAAGCUCACAUCGUGUUCCUGCUCGAGCAAUUGAACAGUCGAUACAGGCCUCGAGGUGACUCGUCGAACAACAAUCACAAGAAAUCCAAUGGACCGCUGCAGCUGAACAUUCCUCUGCUAGGCAACACGAACUCUCAGUCGUCGAAACUGGACCACGAAGACACCAGGGACUCGAUAAAAAUCCCUGUGGUGAUACCACCUCGCGAAAACUCCAGGGACCCGAUAAAAAUCCCUGUGGUAAUACCACCUCGCGAAGACAUCAGGGACACGAUAAAUAUCCCUGUGGUGAUACCACCUCGCGAAAACACCAGGGACUCGAUAAAAAUCCCUGUGGUCAUACCACCUCGCGAAAUCACCAGGGACUCGAUAAAAAUCCCAAUGCUGAUACCACCUCGCGAAAUCACCAGGGACUCGAUAAAAAUCCCAAUGGUGAUACCACCUCGCGAAGACACCAGAGACUCGAUAAAAAUCCCUGUGGUGAUACCAUCUUACGAAGACACCAGGGACUCGAUAGAAAUUCCUGUGGUGAUACCACCUUACGAAGAUACCAAGGAUUCGAUAGAAAUCCCUGUGGUGACAACACCUCGCGGAGACAUCAGGGACUCUACAGAAAUCCCUGUGGUGAUACCACCUCGCGAAGAUAUCAGGAACUCGAUAAAAAUCCCUGUGGUGAUACCAUCUCGCGAAGACAUUAGGGACUCUAUAAAAAUCCCUGUGGUGAUACCACCUCGCGAAGACACCAGGGACUCGAUAAAAAUCCCUGUGGUGAUACCAUCUUACGAAGACACCAGGGACUCGAUAGAAAUCCCUGUGGUAAUACCACCUCGCGAAGACACCAAUUUGAAGGUAGAGGAACAGCCAUUUGAGUCUAUCAUCGCUGCAACUGACCCACCGAAGAACAGUACUAAGUCAAACGACGACGAGACCAAGGACGAGAUCAUCUCUACUUCUGCAGACCUAGAUGCCUUCUCGUCGAACGAAGACGACGAGGAUAUCCUGUCGAGGUACGACGAAGUGGUUCCUGUAGCUGAAUUCCCUGUUGAUGAUUCGAAUGAGACCAAUUUUUCAGAAGUGGUCGACUAUAAGAUUCCCAUCGAUCUGAAAACACUGCUGAAUAUAUCGAACCUGAAGGCGAUCAACAUCACCGACGACGCAGCCGUGUGGAAAAACGACUCGCAGUUCCUGAACUCGACGGAAGCGACCCCUAUGCUGAUCCUUCUUCCGUCGACGUCGACGAAUUCGGUGGUCGUCCCGAGCGUAGAGGAUCUCCAGACGGACAACGAGACGAGCUAUCGGACGAGCGUACGGCAGGACAACGUGACGGGGAACGUUACCGAUACAGAAACUAUCGGUGAGAUCGUUCCAGAAACUACACUCCCGAACCAAGUGCUCGAUGUACCACAGAUCGUGGUAGACAAAAUCGAGCGCAACGACACGCAAAAUGGAAACUCGUCCGAAGUUCGGAACUCGAGUGUGCACGGGUCACAAGCACAGGUAGCGAUGGGUAAUCGUGUCGCUUGUGCCGGUUUGAGCCGUGAGCCGGCCUGA